UUGCCUCCCUUGUGGGACUACUUGACGCAUGCGCAACUUUCCACGUGUCUUUCUCUGGAGCAAGAUGCCGUUCGGUGGUGUAACAGUAAAGGACGUCAAUCCUCACGACUUCGUGAAGUCACUAGCCGCUUGGCUAAAGAAAAGUGGCAAAGUAAAGCUGCCCGAUUAUGUGGACCUUGUCAAGACUGGCAAGCACAAAGAACUAGCUCCUUACGACAAGGACUGGUACUACAUCAGAGCAGCGUCGGUUGCUCGACACAUCUACCUGAGACAAGGUGUGGGAGUGGGUGCCCUCAAGAAGGUGUACGGUGGCCGGAAGAGGAGGGGGACAGCACCGUCACAUUACGUCACUGCUGCUGCCUCUGUGCAUCGUAACAUUCUCCAACAGCUCGAGAAGAUUAAACUACUUGAAUUAGACAGUGCCAACGGUGGCAGAAAAAUCACAUCUAAGGGACAGAAAGAUCUCGAUCAGAUCGCUGGGCAGGUAAUGGCGGAAAAACUAAGGAAAUUGAACUGAUUUAUCGUGUGUUUUCUGUGCAUAUCCUUUAUUAUUGUCAUGAAAAUGAUUUUUCGAUAAAAGGAAGAAGUUUUAUAUCCA